CAUCGAAGCUUGCUGGCGUUCCCUGCCCUCGGGGUCUGCGCAUGGAUAACUCGUGGGUGGGCCCGCCUCUCCCUUCACCCCGCAGAUUUUUGUACCCGCCCGUGCAAGGAACCCACCAAACCGAUUAGCCCAACCCAGCCAUUCCCCAAGCAGCAGAGGCGGAGAAAAAGACAGCCGGCGGCAGAGGAGGGGAGGCCAGGCCAACCACCGGUCGGAGCGGCGGCGGCGGCGGCGGUGGGUAUCCGAGUUUCUGUCAUGGUGGGCCUCGUAGGUGGCGGCGCGCGGGCCUGGAGGCUCAGCGACGAGGCGGCUAACGGCGCAGGUGGAGGAGGGGUGGCGACGGAGGCGGACUACAUGCGGCGGCUGCACGGCCACGCGCCCGGCGAGAACCAGUGCACCUCCGCUCUCGUCAAGCAUAUCAAGGCCCCCGUCCACCUCGUUUGGUCGCUAGUGCGGAGCUUCGACCAGCCGCAGCGGUACAAGCCGUUCGUCAGCCGCUGCGUGGUGCGCGGUGGCGACCUCGAGAUCGGCAGCGUGCGGGAGGUCAACGUCAAGACCGGCCUGCCGGCCACAACUAGCACCGAGAGGCUCGAGCAGCUGGAUGACGACGAGCAUAUCCUCAGUGUCAAGUUUGUUGGAGGCGAUCACCGGCUCAGGAACUACUCAUCCAUCAUAACAGUCCACCCACAGAGUAUUGAUGGGCGGCCAGGGACACUUGUGAUCGAGUCCUUCGUGGUUGAUGUGCCCGACGGCAACACAAAGGAUGAGACUUGCUACUUCGUUGAGGCCGUGAUCAAGUGCAACCUCACAUCUCUCGCUGAGGUAUCGGAGCGGCUAGCAGUUCAGUCACCUACAUCGCCGCUUGAACAAUAGCAUCCUCACGGGCACGGACUUGUGAAUCGGCAUGAAUAAGAAAGAAGCUUCAAAGGCUAGCAGGAAAUUUCUAUCUUUUACAGACCGGUAGAUUCUCCAUUUUCUUCCAUAUAUAUGUCUCUCGUAAGGAUUAGUAUGUAGACUUGUGUACUUGUACUAGUAGCUAGUGAUGCUUUAGAUCUUAGCAACUGCACCUAGCUACCUCAUGGUUAUGUAUGCAUACCUAGUAUGUGUAUGUAACAGGGAAGCAUAUGGAGUGGUUUUGCCUCUUUGGUGCAUUUGAGACAACUAGAUGCCUACUGUACUAUGUUCUUGGAUAACAUUCCACUAACGCUUGGGGUUGAGGAUUUUGACUUGUAGAUUUUGGAAUGGCGCUGUAAUAUAUACAUUGGUGGAAGAGUUCUCCUCGCUGUUAUUGAGAUGGAAGUAAAUGGAUAAUUUAUCUCUGUA